AUGUAUAUUUAUAUAUCUCUUUAGUUAUUCAUCAAUGUUUACUGAGGAAACAUCGAGGAAAAUGAAUUUUCAAUUAUCAAUGAAUUUAUUUAUUAUUUUUCUUUUUUUCAUUCUAAAACAAUGUUUAUUGAUUGAAUCAAAAUCCACUGGUGGAGUUGAAGAAUUAGAAAAUGGUUUUGUAAAAAUUGCCGAUUCUGGCUAUAGAUAUAUUUUUAGUUGUAAAGAAGGAUUUCAACUUAAUGGAGCGAGUGAAAUUUAUUAUGAAAAUAAUAAAUGGUCUGAUAGUAUACCAAUUUGUGUUCCAAUCAGAACACAAAUAGAUUUUCCAUUUGGACAUUAUGUGGUUAGUGAAGAAGGACGUAAAUACACAUUUUUUUGCAAUGAAGGACAUCAUCUUAAAGGAUUGAAGGAAAUUAAAUUUGAAAAUAAUAAAUGGAACGGAAGUGUUCCCAAGUGUAUUGAACAUUCGUCAGGAGAAGAUGAUAAUGAUUAUAAAAUAUCUGAAAAGAAUAAAAAUGAUAAAAAAAUGAAUAUAAUUGCGAAAAAUAAUGAUAAUGAUAACAAUAAUAAUGAUGAUAAUGAUAAUGAUGAUAAUGAUAAUGAUAAUAAUGAUAAUGAUAAUAAUGAUAAUGAGAACGACAAUGAUAAUAAUAAUAAUAAUAAUAAUGAUGAUGAUAAUAAUGAUGAUGAUGAUGAUGAUGACGAUCUGGAAAAUAAUGAGAAUAACAAAUAUGUUGGAAACAAUGAAAAUAAAAUUAUCAUUGGCGCAACUAAUUUUAAAAAAGACGAAAUAAUCAAAAACGACCAAAAUUAUUUUACUGUGUGUCCGUUAAUUUCAUUUUGCUUUGGAAUAAUUCAAAUUAAUGAAAAAACACAUGUUGCCAAUUUUAUUUGUGACAAUGGAUAUCAACUAAAAGGGAAUUUUCAAUCUGUUUGCGAAAAUGGAAAAUGGAGUCAUUCUGCUCCAAUUUGCAUUCCAUUUUGUCCAAAAAUCGAUUUAAUAAAUGGUAAAGUUAAUGUGAAUGAAAAUAUUGCCACAUUUAAUUGCAAUGAAAAUUAUGAACUUCUCGGAAACAAUCAUUCAAUUUGCCAUGAUGGUCAAUGGCUCAAUGAAAUUCCAAUUUGUACACCAAAAUGUCCAUUUAUAAAACUAACGGACGCACAUAUUAUAAUUGCCUUGGAUAUAAAAUCGACAUAUUAUAAAUUUUCUUGCAAGGAAGGUUACAAAAUGAGGGGAAAUAGUGAAAUUUAUUGUAGAUUCGGCCAAUGGAGUCAUCCAGUUCCAAUUUGUGAAAUUAAAAAAUCUCAAUUUCAAGCCACCAAUGGAAUUACUAUAAGUACUGUAGCUUCUGAAUGCCGUGUUUCUACCUAAUUCCGGAUUUAUAAAUUUUUAAAAUUUUGUAUUUUAUUUUUUUAAUUUUAUUUUUUAUUUAAAAAUAAUACAUUUCUUUUCUAUAUAUUUUAAUUAACUUUUUCUAAAUAUUAAAAAAAAUAGAAAAUAUGAUAAAAUUUC